CCGCGGCGCAAGGAGAGGCUCUGGGCUGAGCUCUGCCGCUUCCAGUGGGAUGUGACAAAAGAUGUGAAAUCAGGGAGAGAAAAAUGAUGAUUCUGGAAGUUGGCCCUGGCUGUCAGGGGUGACGAAAAGCGCGGGCAACGCCUCCCGGGAGGGCUAUAAAGGGCUGCAGGGCAGCGGGCAGCCAGCACUCGCUGCCUGCGCUGCCGAGGUCGGUGUCUCUCCCAGCUCCAGCCGCCAGCAGCCUUCAUCAUGAGCACCACGGUCAGGCAGUACUCCUCCUCCACCUCCCUCAAGGGCAUCGGCGGCCUGGGGGGAGGCUCCAGCAGGCAUUCGUCGUCCGUGCGGCUCGGGGGCGCGGGCUACAGAGCCCCCAGCGUGCACGGAGCCUCUGGCAGCUACUCCGUCUCGUCCCGCAUGGUGUCCGGGCUGGGCAGCAGCUAUGGGGGCGGCUACUGCGGCAGCAUCGGCGCCGGCUUCGGGGGCAGCUAUGGGGCCGGCUUCGGGGCCGGCUUCGGGGGCGGCUUCGGAAGUGGCUUUGGGGGCGGCGACGGCAUCCUGCCGGCCGGAGAAAAGGAGACCAUGCAGAACCUCAACGACCGCCUGGCCAACUACCUGGACAAGGUGCGAGCCCUGGAGGAGGCCAACACCGACCUGGAGGUGAAGAUCAGGGAGUGGUACAAGAAGCAGGGACCUGGUCCAGACCGGGACUACAGCCCCUACUACAGGACCAUCGAGGAGCUCAGGAACAAGGUCCUGGUGGCCACAGUCGACAAUGCCAACCUCCUCCUGCAGAUUGACAAUGCCAGGCUGACAGCUGAUGACUUCAGGACCAAGUUUGAGACGGAGCAGGCUCUGCGCCUGAGCGUGGAGGCUGACAUCAACGGCCUGAGGAGGGUCCUGGACGAGCUGACCCUGGCCAGGGCUGACCUGGAGAUGCAGAUCGAGAACCUGAAGGAGGAGUUGGCCUACCUCAAGAAGAACCACGAGGAGGAGAUGAACAUCCUGCGUGGGCAGGUGGGAGGAGAGAUCAGCGUGGAGAUGGACGCAGCCCCUGGGGUGGACCUGACCAAGAUCCUGGCGGAGAUGCGGGAGCAGUACGAGAGCCUGGCCGAGAAGAACCGCAGGGACGCCGAGCAGUGGUUCUUCAGCAAGACGGAGGAGCUGAACCGGGAGGUGGCCAUCAACACGGAGCAGCUGCAGAGCGGCAAGACGGAGAUCACGGAGCUGCGCCGCACCAUCCAGAGCCUGGAGAUCGACCUGCAGUCCCAGCUCAGCACGAAAGCGGCGCUGGAGGGCACCUUGGGCGACACCGAAGCUCGCUACGGCGCGCAGCUGGCGCAGCUGCAGGGGCUGAUCGGCGGCGUGGAGGAGCAGCUGGCAGAGCUGCGCUGCGACAUGGAGCGGCAGAACCAGGAGUACCGAAUGCUGCUGGACGUCAAGUGCCGGCUGGAGCAGGAGAUCUCCACCUACCGCCGGCUGCUGGAGGGCGAGGACGCGCACGUGUCCUCCCACUACUCACAGCCUGUGAAAGAAGGGCCUGUCACCACCCGCCAGAUCCGCACCAUCUUCGAGGAGGUCCAGGACGGGAAGGUGAUCUCCUCCCGGGAGCAGCGGGCAGCCAGCACUCGCUGCCUGCGCUGCCGAGGUCGGUGUCUCUCCCAGCUCCAGCCGCCAGCAGCCUUCAUCAUGAGCACCACGGUCAGGCAGUACUCCUCCUCCACCUCCCUCAAGGGCAUCGGCGGCCUGGGGGGAGGCUCCAGCAGGCAUUCGUCGUCCGUGCGGCUCGGGGGCGCGGGCUACAGAGCCCCCAGCGUGCACGGAGCCUCUGGCAGCUACUCCGUCUCGUCCCGCAUGGUGUCCGGGCUGGGCAGCAGCUAUGGGGGCGGCUACUGCGGCAGCAUCGGCGCCGGCUUCGGGGGCAGCUAUGGGGCAGGCUUCGGGGCCGGCUUCGGGGGCGGCUUCGGAAGUGGCUUUGGGGGCGGCGACGGCAUCCUGCCGGCCGGAGAAAAGGAGACCAUGCAGAACCUCAACGACCGCCUGGCCAACUACCUGGACAAGGUGCGAGCCCUGGAGGAGGCCAACACCGACCUGGAGGUGAAGAUCAGGGAGUGGUACAAGAAGCAGGGACCUGGUCCAGACCGGGACUACAGCCCCUACUACAGGACCAUCGAGGAGCUCAGGAACAAGAUUCUUUCUGCAACUGUAGAAAAUGCCAACAUCGUCCUGCAGAUCGACAAUGCCAGGCUGGCAGCUGAUGACUUCAGAACCAAGUUUGAGACGGAGCAGGCUCUGCGCAUGAGCGUGGAGGCUGACAUCAACGGCCUGAGGAGGGUCCUGGACGAGCUGACCCUGGCCAGGGCUGACCUGGAGAUGCAGAUCGAGAACCUGAAGGAGGAGUUGGCCUACCUCAAGAAGAACCACGAGGAGGAGAUGAACAUCCUGCGUGGGCAGGUGGGAGGAGAGAUCAGCGUGGAGAUGGAUGCAGCCCCUGGGGUGGACCUGACCAAGAUCCUGGCGGAGAUGCGGGAGCAGUACGAGAGCCUGGCCGAGAAGAACCGCAGGGACGCCGAGCAGUGGUUCUUCAGCAAGACGGAGGAGCUGAACCGGGAGGUGGCCAUCAACACGGAGCAGCUGCAGAGCGGCAAGACGGAGAUCACGGAGCUGCGCCGCACCAUCCAGAGCCUGGAGAUCGACCUGCAGUCCCAGCUCAGCACGAAAGCGGCGCUGGAGGGCACCUUGGGCGACACCGAAGCUCGCUACGGCGCGCAGCUGGCGCAGCUGCAGGGGCUGAUCGGCGGCGUGGAGGAGCAGCUGGCAGAGCUGCGCUGCGACAUGGAGCGGCAGAACCAGGAGUACCGAAUGCUGCUGGACGUCAAGUGCCGGCUGGAGCAGGAGAUCUCCACCUACCGCCGGCUGCUGGAGGGCGAGGACGCGCACAUCUCCUCCCAGUACUCCUCGGCUGCAUCCUCUCACUCGGGCAGAGAUGUGGUGACGUCCUCCCGCCAGGUCCGCACCAUCGUGGAGGAGGUGCAGGAUGGGAAGGUGGUCUCCUCCCGGGAGCAGGUUGCCCUCACCACACACUCGCCCACGCCGGGCUGGGUAAUUGCUGUGGGGAUGUUUCCCUCCCCGGGCGCUGCGGGUGUCCUGCUGUGUGGUGCCACCGCUGCUCCUGAGGCUGGCACCAUGAGCUGCGCCGUCAGGCAGGUCCUCACCACCUGCUCGCAGGGCUCCGCGGCCGCCGGCGCACGGAAGGUCUCCUCCGCCUCCUCGGGCAGACACUCUGCCUACGACCUGGGCGCCGUGGUCGGCAGCUUCUCCGGCGGCAGCCUGAGCGAGGGAUUACUCGGGAAGCAGCUGAGCGGCGGCAGUGCCGCGGGUGGCAGCUUCGGAGCUCCCCAGAGGGCUUGCUCUGCCCUGGGCUUCGGCGGCGCCGGCAUCUGCGCUCGGGGCGCCGGCGGCUUCGGCAGGGCCAGCGGCGGCUGCGGGGAUGGGAUCCUGUUCGCUAACAAUGAGAAGGCAACGAUGCAGAACCUCAACGACCGCCUGGCCUCCUACCUGGACAAGGUGAGGCUGCUGGAGGGGGACAACGCUGACCUGGAGUGCAAGAUCAGGGAGUGGUAUGCCAAGGUGGGGCCCAGCUGCGAGCCGCGGGACUACAGCUGCUACCACAAGGAGAUCGAAGACCUCCAGAACCAGAUCCUGUGUGCAGCCAUGGAGACUAACAAAAUCCUUCUGAACAUUGAUAACAACAGGAUGACUGCAGAUGACUUCAGAGUGAAGUUCGAGACGGAGUGUGGGCUCCGGCAGAACGUGGACACAGACAUCAGCAACCUGCGGCCGGUGCUGGACCAGCUGGCCAGCUGCAAGACAGACCUGCAGCUGCAGUGCGAGGCUCUGACCGAGGAGAUGUGCUGCCUCAAGACCAACCACGAGGAGGAGAUGAGCUGCCUGAGGAAGCAGGCGACUGGGGACGUGAGUGUGGAGGUCAAUGCCUGCCCUGGCCCAGACCUGAGGAAGAUCCUGGAGGACCUGAGGUGCCAGUACGAGACCCUGAUGGAGCGCAACCGCAAAGAGACUGAGCAGUGGUAUGCCUGCAAGGUGGAGGAGGUGAACCUGGAGGUGAUCACAAGCAGCCAGGAGAUCGAGUCAAGCAACAAGCAGGUGACUGAGCUGAGGCGCCAGCUGCAGGCCUUGGAAAUCAACGUGCAGGCUCAGCUCACCAUGAAGGAGAACCUGGAGUCCUCGCUGGCAGAGACCGAGUGCCGCUACAACAGGUACCUGGCGGAGCUGCAGGCGCAGAUCUCCUGCGUGGAGCAGCGGCUGGCGGAGAUCCGGGCGGAGAUGGAGUGCCAGAACCAGGAGUACAAGACCCUGCUGGACGUCAAGUGCCGCCUGGAGCAGGAGAUCCAAACCUACCACUGCCUGCUGGAGGGGGGGCAGCAGGACCUCAUCAGGACUAGCCAGCCCCGUGGGAAGAAGCAGCAGGCUGGAGGUGGCACCCCCUCGGGAAGGUAUAAAAAGGGAUCCGCGGCGGCAGGCAGCCCGCACUCGGGUCCGGAGCCAGCUCUGCAUCUCGCUUUUGGGCUUGGGGUUGGAGCUGCAGCUGUCCUCAGCAUGAGUUGUAGCGUCAAGCAGACAAGCGGGUCCCUGAGGGGCAGGACCAGCGGCGGCAGCUGCGUGAUCGGUGGCGGUGGCGGUGGCGGAGGGGCGCGGAUCUCCUCGGUCUCCUCCGGCAGAUACGCGAGCUGCGGGGUGGGGGCCAGCAGGGGCUUCUCUGUCAGGAGCUACUGCGGUGGCGUGAAUUACGGAGGAGGACUCAGCACCGGCAGCCUGGCCGGGGGGAACUUUGGAGGUGGCUUAGGAGCCACUGUCCUCGGAGGAUGCUCAGGCAUUGGCUUCAGCGGUGGCAGUGCCCGCUUUGGCGGUGGCAUCGGUGUGGGGCUCGCUGGAGGUGGCUUUCCUGGUGAUGGCUUUCUCCUGUCUGGUGACGAGAAGGUCACCAUGCAGAACCUUAACGACCGCCUGGCUUCUUACCUGGACAAGGUGAGGUGCCUGGAACAAGAAAAUGCCGACCUGGAGUGCAGGAUCAGGGAGUGGUAUGCCAAGCAGGGCCCCUUCUGCGAGCCCCGGGACUACAGCUGCUAUUACAAGGAGAUAGAAGAUCUUCAGAACCAGAUCGUCUGCGCCACGAUCGACAACAACAAGAUCAUCCUGAACAUCGACAACAGCAGGAUGACAGCUGACGACUUCCGAGUCAAGUACGAGACGGAGCUGGCCCUGCGCCAGAGCGUGGAGGCUGACAUCAACGGACUGCGGCAGGUCCUGGACCAGCUGACGCUCUGCAGGUCCGACCUGGAGGCACAGCUGGAGUCGCUGCGGGAGGAGCUCUGCUGCCUGAAGAAGAACCAUGAGGAGGAGAUGUGCUGUCUGAGGAAGCAAUCGACUGGAGAUGUGAGCGUGGAGGUCAAUGCCUGCCCUGGGCCAGACCUGAGGAAGAUCCUGGAGGAGAUGCGGUGCCAGUACGAGACCCUGAUCGAGCGCAACCGCAAGGAGGUGGAGGAUUGGUACGAGUGCAAGAUUGAGGAGGUGAAUCGGGAGGUGAUUACGAGCGGCCAAGAGGUGGAGACGUGCAACAACCAGGUCACGGAACUGAGACGCCAGCUGCAAGCCCUGGAGAUCGAUCUGCAGGCACAGCUCAGCCAGAGGGACAACCUGGAGUCCUCGCUGGCAGAGACCGAGUGUCGCUACAACAACCACCUGGGUGAGCUGCAGACCCAGAUCUCCUGCGUGGAGCAGCAGCUGGCCGACCUGCGGGCGGAGAUGGAGUGCCAGAACCACGAGUACAAGAUCCUGCUGGACGUCAAGUGCCGCCUGGAGCAGGAGAUCCACACCUACCGCUGCCUGCUGGAGGGGGGGCAGCAGGACCUGCUUCAGCAAGGAGGAAUCAGUCAGUCUUCAGGUCUGGGAGGAGGAGUUACAAGAACAAGUGGGAUAGGAGGAGGAGGCAUCAUUAGAACCAGCCACACCUACACUGCAUCUGCCCAGAUGCCAGCCUGUGCAGCUGCAGAGAUACAAGUGCCUUGCAGGAGGAUUUGUGAUUGAGAGAGAGAGGAGGAUGGCCAAGAAGAGAGCCCUGAGGCAGAGCCGUGGCAGGAGAGGGG